AUGGGGUUAUUUAAAACAUUUUAUCUUCCUCCUCAUCAUAAAUUGGAUCUAAAAUUUCGAAUUUUCUUUUCAAGUCAAACUGAUGUUCAGAUAUCUACAACUUUAGAUGAUUAUUAUUUUUAGACCCAUGAUACAUGUGCAUAUUAUGAGCUAUGCGAUACAAUUUUGUUUUCAUGUGAUAAAAUUUACGAUUAUUCUAUCAGACAUUAGAGUUCAACACUUUAAGUUUAAGUUUUUCUUGUUGACUAUCCAAAUUAUUUAGCUACUAACAUUUUUUGGGGGAUUACAGAUGUUUUCCUAAGUGUUUAUCAAUGUCCUCCAUAAUGUGAAGUCUGCAUUAAUAGUAUUACUUGUUUAAAUUUGACUUAAUUCAGUGUUUAUUUUUGGGAGUAAGAUAUAUCAAAAAUUGAAGGAUGGUAGAAAAGAAAUCUACCAUUUCGAGGAACCCAUAAAUGUGGAAAUUUCUAAUUUUAUGGGCCUUUUCAUGAAUUUGAUGUGAUUAAAUUUAAUUCAAUCAUUUUAUAAGAUCAUACAUAAAUCAUGAUUAGAUUUAAACUAAUAAUUGUUUAGCUUCAAAGGAGGCGCUCUUUGGAAAUAUUAGUUAACAAUAAAUAGCAAAAUCAUAAUUAUCAUUUUGCUCUUGAUUCUAUUGAUAAGAUGUUUAUUUGUGGUUAAUCUCAAGUAAUAGCAGAUAUCUAAGCUCAAUAUUAACAUUAUGUUCCCAAUUUAUCGAUUGAAAUAUCUAUACCUGAUAUGAUAGAUUGGGGUGCCUAUUUUGGAAUCAGAGAUUUUGAAAUAUUUACUGAUGCGCAAAAAGUAACAGAAUUGUGUAAUGAUCAUAACAUCAAUCCGUUUGAUGGUUGUUUUAAUUUCCAAUUUGAUUGUAGUGAAGGAUGUAGUAAUUGUGUACAAGGUAAUUGUUUGGAAUGUUAUUCUAAUUGGUAGCAUGAUCUAUAUAAUAAUGAUUGUAUUCCUAAAUGUGGUGAUGGUAUAAUUGUUGGAAUUGAAGAGUGCGAUGAUUCAAAUUUAAUUCCUAAUGAUGGUUGUCAUGAGUGCUAAUUCUCCUGUCCUCUGAAUUGUUUAUAAUGUUAAUUUGGUAGCUGUUUAAAUUGCAAUUCUUUAUUUUAGUUAGUAAAUAAUAAUUGCAUCCCUGAUAUAUUAAAUUAUAAAAAUAAAUAAUAACUGGAAUGUAUAGAAUGUGAGAACACACAUUGUAUGAAAUGUAUGCCUGAGUGGAAUUUGUUUAAUUUUUAAUGUGUUUAAUGUGAAGCUGAUGAUUGUUACUUUUAUGAAGCAAUUUGUGGAGAUGGUAAAGUAGAAGAUCUAGAAGAAUGUGAUGAUGGAAAUACAAUUCUAUUUGAUGGGUGUUAUGAAUGUUAAUACUAAUGUGAAUACAGUUGCAUUGAAUGUGUAGAAGGAGUAUGUUUAAAAUUUUCAGAUUUGAAAGAUAUAAAAAUAAUAGAAUGUGAUUUUGGAUUUCAUUUGAUUGAUCAAAAUUGCCACUCUAAUUGUGGAGAUUAAAUUGUUGUAUCCGAUGAAAAAUGUGAUGAUGGCAAUAAUGAACCUUUUGAUGGUUGUUUUUAAUGCUAAUAUUCAUGCUCACUUUAUUGUUAGGAUUGUUAUGAAGGGUACUGUUUAGCUUGUGAUAUUGGAUAUUAAUUAUAGAAUAAUAGAUGUUAUGAAUUAUGUGGAGAUGGGAUUAAGUUGACUAAUGAAGAGUGUGAUGAUGGAAAUAUAUUGUCUUUGGACGGAUGUUCCGAAAAAUGUUAAAUUGAAGAUUUAUGGAAAUGUAGCACAUAAGAUUAAGAAAGGAGCUUAUGCUUCCAAUUUGACAAUCCAGCUCUUUAAUUACAAUAUAUAAAUAUGACCUUUACUAAGUAAUAUAUUUUAAUGACAUCUUCUCAACUUGUUAAAUAAAGGGAUAGUAACGUUAAUUUGACAUCAAAUCUAUAAACCUCAAUUGUAAACGUCAAUUAAUUUGAUUACAUAAUAACAUUUGAAAGUUAAGUUGAACCAACUUAUGAAGAAUUAAAAGACAUCUAAUAUUUGUUUACUAUUGAACUGCUUAAUUAACUGGAAGUUGAUCUAAUUUUUAAUGUUUCCUUCAAUAUUUCUUUAGUUAAUAGCUAUGAUUUAGAAAUUAUGAACAAAGAACUUAAAUUAAAAUUGAAAAAUCCAAUUGUGUUAAAUGAAUAAUAGAAAUAAGCUUCUUAAAAAGCAAGUAAAUUCAACUUAAUGAUAUUUAUUAUUCUUGGCAUAUCAAGCUUUAUAAUAUUAUUGUCAGGCAACCCUUCGGAUUGUUUUGAAGUUUUAGAUACUUUGUAAUAUUAAUCUUAUCUCAGAUAUAUUAACGUAGCUUUUCCAGAAAAUAUUUCUAUUUAUUUUGAAUCCUCUGAACUACUUUCAAUUCAACCUUUUUUAAUAACAUUCAAUUUAUUAGAAGUAUUUUAAUCAGCUUUUGAUUAAGAAAUAUUAGACUCAUUUGGAAAGUUCUAUUUUUAUUCAAUUAAUGCAGAUUUGCUGAUUAAUUUUUAGAGUCAAUUUUGUUAGAUUGCAUUUUUGACCCUUUUAACUAUUCUUUAUUACGGAUAUGUCAAAAUAAAUUAUAAGAGUUGUAUUUCACAAAGGUAAAUAAUUGAUCUUAGAAGGGAACAUUCUAUGUUCAUAAGUCAUAUUGUGCUUAUUCUUUAUUAAAUUCAUUAAUUCAUCCUAAGGUUAGGUAAAAUGUUUUCAUUGAGUGGUUUGAAAUUAUGGAUUUUAGCAAAUAGUUGGGACAUCCUUUUCAAAAUUAUCCUAUAUCUCUAUUCUAAACCAUAAAAUUCCUUAAGGACUUAACUCUCUAUACCACUUUGUAUAGGGAUUAUGAUAACCCUUUUUGCAAUCGCUAUAUCUUAUACGAUUAACAAUGCAAAUAAUAAAAAACUAAGGGAUUUGAAAAUGUAUCGACAUCAUGGUUUGAUUGUUAUAAAAAAAUUUUUAUUCCUCUUUUUUUUAAUUAAGGCAUAAGAUAACUCAAUUAUUUAAUGUAUUGCAAUGGCAUUAAUAAAUACUCUAUACCUAGGAUUAAUUAUUAUUACCAAUCUGUUAAAAGAUAAUAUUGAUAAAAUUGUAAUUUUCUGGUUUGAAAUGCCAAUUAUUAUUUUUACAUUUUCAAGUGUCUCUUUUCAUCCUGACUUUGCAAAACAUCUUACAAAUAACUAAUAAAUCCUGAUAGGCUUUGCACAGAUAAUGAUAUUAAGUUUUGGAUUGCUAUCACCAUUAAUUAAGUAUGGUUACGUUAUUAUAGAAAAGGCCCAAAGCACAAUAAUAAUAAAGUGUUAGAGAAUCCCUUGCCUAAAAAACACUAAAAAAGGGCAUAGGAAAGGCU